GGAGAGGGAUUCGAGGGGAGGCCACUCUACGCGAUUACUAGUUUCAAAAAUCUUGUAUCUUACAACCAAACAAAAUGUCCGUGACACUACAUACAGACCUUGGAGACAUGAAACUGGAGCUCUAUUGUGAGCAAUGCCCUCGUGCUUGCGAGAACUUCCUUGCAUUGUGUGCUAGUGGCUAUUAUGAUGGAUGCAUUUUCCACAGAAACGUCCCAGGCUUCAUGGUACAGACAGGUGAUCCAACCGGCAAAGGAAAAGGAGGAGACAGCAUUUGGGGUGGAUAUUUUGAAGAUGAAUUCAGAGAGAGUUUGAAGCAUGCUACUAGAGGUAUAGUUUCAAUGGCAAACAAUGGUUUAGAUUCCAAUGGUUCGCAGUUUUUCAUCACCUACUCCAAGCAACCACAUCUGGAUAUGAAGUACACAAUUUUUGGCAGACUUAUUGAUGGCUUUGAAACCUUGGACAGUCUGGAAAAGGUUCCUGUAAAUCCCCAAAAUUAUCGUCCGGAAACGGAAAUAAGAAUACGUAGUGUGACGAUCCAUGCCAACCCCCUGGCUGUAUGAUUUACAGAGAGAAAAUGAUCUUAAUUUGUUGUGCUUUGGACUAUGCAGAAGACUAAACAAAAUUAACAAGAAAGACAGCAAGUGCAAGAAGGGUGCAGAUCUAGGCCUAGAAAAUGAGUAUGAGAGGAGAGAACCAUGCACCAGCGCUGAAAGUGGAAAUCUGGACUGUACAGAACAUUUGAAGUUCUGUAGGAAGAUACUUUGAUGUGACUAGUUCAGUGCCCAGUCCUUGGUGUUUGUGAGUGUUUAUGUCCAAUAAAAGAUGGUGCCUGACUUUGA